UCAGAAAAACUCUCUUUAUCUUUUACACGCAUACUUAUCUAUAUUUUUAUCCUCAUUAUACCAACAUAUCUGCCAUACUUUAAAUUUUGACAGCUAAUAAUAUCAUAUUUUAAAGGCCACUUUAAUCUCUUAAUAAAAGAAUUGUGAUUUCAAUCGCUCUUCUUCAAAAGCAAAUUCAAAAAUGGGAAAUGUUCAAGCUUCUGCUGCACCUCCGAAAAUUGGUUUACCAGAACCAGCUUCUCCCAGUAUAGACUCAGUCAGUUCUACGGAAAAGAAAAAGGUUGAUAUAAAAAACCCUGGAACUAUUGAAGAUUUACAUAAAAAUUGCAAAGAUAUAAUGGCGAUGACCUUUGAAGGAGCAAAAAUAAUGUUAAAUAAAGGCCUUAGCAAUCAUUUUCAAGUUUCUCAUACUAUAAAUCUAUGUAGUACUAACCCCAGUGGUUAUCGAUUUGGUGCUACUUAUGUAGGAACUAAACAAUAUUCGCCAACAGAAGCAUUUCCAGUUUUAUUAGGAGAUAUCGAUCCACAAGGAAAUUUAAAUGCAAAUAUAAUUCACCAAUUUUCGCCACGAGUUCGGUGUAAAUUUGCUUCCCAGAUACAACAAAGUAAAAUUCAGGCUGCUCAACUGACAACUGAUUAUCGUGGAGAUGACUAUACUGCGUCACUUACUGUGGGAAAUCCUAACAUUUUAAAUAACUCAGGGGUUUUUGUGUGUCAUUAUUUGCAAUCAUUGACAACCAAUUUAGCACUAGGAGGUGAAUUAGCUUAUCAGUAUGGACCACAAGUACCAGGUGGAGAAAUUGCUGUGGUUUCCGCAGCAGCUAGAUAUACUAAUGGCACAGGAACUUGGUCGGGUACCUUAGGUGGGAGUGGGCUUCAUAUCUGUUACUAUCAAAAAGCAAGUGAUCAACUACAAAUUGGCGUUGAAGUAGAAACGAGUUUGCGAAUGCAAGAAUCAGUGGCCACAAUUGGUUAUCAAGUUGAUUUACCUAAAGCAGAUUUAGUAUUUAAAGGAAUGGUUGAUUCAAAUUGGAAUGUUGGUGGUGUUCUGGAAAAAAAACUGCAGCCCCUGCCAUUUUCAUUUGCUUUAAGUGGAAGAUUAAAUCAUGUAAAGAAUCAAUUUAGGCUUGGAUGUGGUUUAAUUAUUGGAUAAUUAAGUACAAACACGGUUUAUUUAGUUUUUUUUAAAUACAGAUAAAAUAAAACUAUGUUAGUUUGAUAAAACUCGGAAAAAUCAAAAAUGUUUUGAAACAUUAAGCCACAUGUUAAAUUUGUAGCCAUUAAAACCAUUCAAUGUCAACCUGCCUCAAAUGCAAAUAGUAGAAAAAAGCAUUUUACUCAAACGAUUGAAGCAUUUAGCUUUAGUCUAGUUUUUUCAACUACAUUUAUUUAAUUUAGUAGCAAUAAAUGUUCUGUUAUGGAUAUUUCA